GCAAGUCACUGACAUAUGUUUAAAUUUUCUUCCAAAUUGUAUGGCUCUACAAUUUUACUUCGCAGUUGUUAUCAGAUAGUUGAACUUAUUGGUAUCGGCGAAACCCCUGGCACACCGCCUAUUAACUGGGGCAUCCAAACCUCAGAAAGAUACAACGGGAUUCACAGUAUAGAGAGGCCAGGAUUAGCAGAAGAUGAUUAGUUACCAACAGCAAUCAAAAACUCAAUUACAAAUACUGUAUCAGUAUGAAGAGAGAGGGGAGAAAAGAGAAAAGAGAAAAGAGGGAAAGGUAUAAAUAGUUUACUUCCCACUUGAAGGGGUAAACACGACAUUUAGUACUUAGAUUCACGCGACGAAUUGACGACAAGAUCUUAAAAUCUCUUCCGCUCUAUCACCCAUUGCUUCUAAUUCAAGAUGUCAUCUCUCGGAACUGUGUACACAUACCCCGACAACCCUCGUACAAUGAAGAUCCAAGCCGCAGCAGCCUUCAACCACAAAACCAUUGAUCUAUUCCCCGAAUUCGUCUUCUUCCAAACCAACCGAACUCCCGAAUUUCUCUCCGACUUCCCACUUGGUCGUGUCCCCGCAUUUAAGGAUGCUACCUCCUCUUUCCAUCUCUUCGAAUCGGAUGCUAUUGCCCAAUAUGCCGCCGAAAGCGGCCCUGCUGCGAACCAACUACUAGGAUCAAAUGUCAAAGAACGCGCGACCAUUCGUCAAUGGAUAUCUUUUGCUAAUGAUGAGAUCUUUAAUCCUAUGACCACGCUGAUAUUCUGGAGAUCUGGAUUUGGGCCUUUUGAGAAAGGGGCAGAGGAUGGAGCCAUGGGAAGAUUAGUGCUUCUUUUGGGAGUUUUGGAGGGUCAGUUGAGUAAACACAUGUAUGUUUCUGGGACGGAAGAUAUUAGCUUGGCGGAUAUUUCGGUUGCUGCUUCUUUGUAUUGGGGGUUUGAUCAGAUCAUCGAUGUAGAGAUGAGAGAAAGAUUUCCCCAAGUUGUGAGAUGGUAUGAGAGGACUAUCAAACAUCAGCAUCUUAGCCCUUUCUGGGGAGAGCAGAAGUUUGUUGAGAAGAGAAGAGACAGAGAGAAUGUCUAAUUGGGAUAAUUAGAUGAAUAUGUAAAUUGUUAGUAAGCAUGCAUUAAAAUUUUGAUAGAGAAUGAAGGAAUCGAAUGACUUUUCUCUCAUUUCUUGAGAUUCAAUUUAAUGAAAUGACAAGAUUGCCCA